AUGGAUAAAUUUCCGUCUGCGGAGUACCUUACGAUGGACGAAGUAGACUACGAGCUGAGUAUUCGGGAGAAACUCGAUGAGAAUACAAUCGGGCUAGACCUCUCUGAGAAACAGCGGUGUUUGAGGAAAUUAUUUAAGGCAGAUGCUAAAAUAGGGCGGAACUAUCGUUCCAAUUUAAGUAUACGGGACGAAUACCCAGUGGUGGGAAAAAAAUUCGACGAAGUGAAGAAGGCUUUGUGGCGAUAUGGGAUGGACACCAGAUGGGAGUCGGUUCUUUUACAUUGCUAUUACAGAGCGAAACGGUGUUCAGCUGAAAACGAGAGCGAGAAGAUACAAAAAAGAGAUUUGGUUCGCAGUAUUGGGGAAUUGAUGAGGCAAUACAAGGUUGGUCCACCAGCAUCACCGGUGUUGGAUAGGAUUAAUUACAUGAUUAACGAGGCAGAGCAAGCCAAAGCCUUGAGUCCUCCACGUACUGAAAACGAACAACAUCAUCUACCGUUGCCAGAACUGACUACACCUGUGGGGGCAAACAAUUUGCCGAUUAAAAAUACUGGUGCAAUACCAAAAACCCGACGAGUGUGGGAAACUGAACUGCAACAAGAGAACAGGGAAUUGCGAGAAAAAAUCGAACAACUAGAGAAAACCAUGCAGAGCGUUCUGGCAACUUCUAAUAACAACAGAAUGACUUGUGUGGUAGGGAAUAGGCUUAAUGGCGAUAGCAACCAGACAACCAGUGAACCCAGCAGGAGGGAAAAAAAAGUCCGGUUCGAUACAUUACGACCCGAUGCACCACGACCCGUAUACAGCGUCUUAGAAGGUCCAAAUACGAUCACACAUCAACCGACAAUAACGAGACAAACUCAGAAUGUUCGACCAAAUUUAAGUGAACAGUACGCUGGAAGUUCGGAUGACUAUGAGUCCUCAGAUGAUUCAUAUUCCUACCGGGAACCGCGAUUUACGGACAGAACAAGACACGAAACAAGAGGGCAUCGACGUCAGAAUCAAGCACACCAGACGGGCAGAGACUUUUACAGAGUCGAAAAAUGGAAGCUUAGGUUCACUGGAGAAAACAGGUCGGGAAGUGUGGAGAGCUUCCUGUAUAAAUUAAAAAAGAUUGCGGAGCGAGAGGGAGUUUCAGAUAGACAACUUUUACGGGAUGUGCAUUUGCUGUUGGAUGGUCUUGCCUCUGACUGGUUUUUCACAUUCGUAGAUCAGUUUGACGACUGGCAGACGUUCGAACACAUGAUCAAAUACAGAUUUGGUAACCCAAAUCAAGAUCAAGGGAUACGGCAGAAAAUCCAUGAGAGGAAACAACAGAGAGGCGAGUCAUUCAUCGCAUUUGUUACAGAAAUCGAAAAACUGACAAAAAUGCUCUCCAAACCUCUGUCGAAAAGCAGAAAAUUCGAGAUAGUGUGGGACAACAUGCGCCUACACUAUCGUUCGAAAUUGGCAACGAUCGAGGUGAAUGAUCUGCAUCAGCUGAUAAAACUGAAUUACCGCAUUGAUGCAACUGAUCCUAGCCUCCAGAUGGGUUUCCUAGAACCAGCAAGAAGACCGGUAAACAACCUGCAAAUUGACGCGGCAGAGUACACGAGUGACGAAGAGGAGAUGGUUAAUGCAGUGGAACUAAACCAGCCCAGAGAACGUCAAGCAAUGAGACCGAGAACAUUGAUUGCAAGAGGGAAUAGGCAAGAGGAACAACCGAAUACAUCAGCGCCACCUACACGAACAACGAUACAUCACAUCACGAUCAAUCCAAGUAAAUGUCCCCAUAUCACAGUGAGAGUUUUUGAUACCGAAAUCGAAGCAUUAUUAGACUCGGGAGCCGGAGUGAGCGUAACAAAUUCGUCAGAAUUUGCAAUAAAAUACGGACUGAAAAUCCUUCCAGCAGCGAUUCGAGUGAGUACAGCUGAUGGAACAGCAUACAAGUGUCUGGGAUACCUUAACGUACCAUACACUUACAAAAACAUGACUCGUGUCAUCCCGACCAUUAUUGUACCUCAGAUCAGCAGAAAACUCAUUUUGGGUACGAAUUUCUGGGAAGGGUUCAGCAUUAAACCGAUGAUAGAUAUGGGGUACGGUUUGGAGAAAAUUGAAACAUUGGAUAUCGGGCAAACUUCACAAAUGUGUUUCACAGUGGAGCCAACCGUGGAAAUUCCGAAAAUUCCAGAAAAAGAAGAUGAAACACUAGAUUUCCCAACAUUCGAUUCUCCGGCGGAACCGAUACCUGAUGAGAUCGAAACGGAGCAUAAUCUCACAACGAAAGAGCGAGCACAGCUGAUAACGACAAUAAAACAAUUUGCCUUUACUGCCCCUGGUAAACUUGGGAGGACGAACCUCAUACAACACGAGAUCAUAUUGAAGGAGGAUGCCAAACCGCGGAAUCAACCUGUAUAUAAAUGUUCACCCUACAUACAGAAGGAAAUUGAUGAAGAAAUAGAACGUUUCAAACAGUUAGAUGCGAUUGAAGAAUGCUAUAGCGAGUGGACGAACCCCUUGGUUGCUGUGAGGAAAUCAAAUGGAAAGAUCAGAGUUUGUUUAGAUUCGAGAAGGAUAAAUGCGAUGACGGUAAAGGACGCAUAUCCUAUGCAAAAUAUGCAGGAUAUUUUCCAUCGUUUAGAAAAUGCGAAAUUCUUUUCAGUAAUCGACCUGAAAGAUGCUUACUUUCAGAUUCCUCUGAAAGAAGAAUGCAGAAAUUUUACAGCCUUCCGAACAUCAAAGGGACUCUUCCGGUUCAAAGUAUGCCCUUUUGGACUAACGAAUGCCCCAUUCACGAUGUGCCGGCUGAUGAAUAAAGUGAUCGGAUUCGAUCUUCAGCCGAACGUAUUCGUGUAUUUAGAUGACGUGGUGGUGGCAACAAAAACGCUCAAUGAGCAUUUCAAAUUACUGCGAAUAAUAGCGGGGCGGUUGAAAGCAGCAAGACUAACUAUUUCGUUAGAAAAGUCGAAAUUUUGCCAAAGAAAGGUCAUGUACUUGGGGUACCUUUUAUCGGAACACGGAGUGGCAAUCGAUGAAUCCCGUAUACAACCCAUCCUUGAUUACGCGAGACCGAAAACAGUGAAGGACGUCCGACGAUUAAUGGGAUUGGCUGGUUUUUACCAAAAAUUUAUUAGCAACUACAGCGAAAUAACUACCCCAAUAACAAACCUUUUGAAAAAGGAUAAGAAGAAAAUUUCAUGGACUGAGGAGGCGGAAACGGCAUUUAAUAAGCUGAAAUCAGCGCUCAUAUCGGCCCCAAUUCUGGGCAAUCCGGAUUUUUCAAAGCCUUUCACGAUAGAGUCUGACGCUUCAGACAACGCUAUUGGCGCUGCUCUGGUGCAGGAACUCGAAGGGCAAACGCGGAUUAUAAGCUAUUUUAGCAAAAAGCUAAGCAACACUCAACGGAAAUAUGCAGCGGUCGAGAAAGAAUGUUUGGCGGUUCUUAUGGCGAUAGACCACUUCCGCCAUUAUGUGGAAGGGACAAAAUUUCGGAUAGUAACUGAUGCCAGAAGUUUACUGUGGCUAUUUAAAAUAGGGGCGGAAUCAGGAAACUCUAAAUUGCUACGAUGGGCCCUAAGAAUACAGUCGUAUGACGUGGAACUGGUUUACCGAAAGGGGAAGAAUAACAUAACUGCAGAUUGUCUGUCGCGCUCAAUUGAAACCGUAACGGUAACGUCACUCGAUCCUCAGUACGACGAUCUAAUGUCACAAAUUGAAGCAAACCCCAUUCAAUUCAAAGAUUACAAAGUAAUUGACGGGAGAAUCUACAAAUAUUGCAAAUCCCAAAAUAAACGAUCCGACCCUCGAUUCGCGUGGAAGUGGUUCACUCCGAAAGCAGCAAGAACGGAUGUGAUUAGGACCGAGCAUGGGAAAGCCCAUUUCGGCUUCGAGAAGACGCUGGGGUCUGUAAAGGAAAGGCAUUUUUGGCCAGGUAUGGCCAAAGAAAUAAAAAACUUCUGUAGAGAAUGUGUGCAAUGCCAAACGAGCAAAGCGGUGAAUAUAAAUGCAACUCCUCCGAUGGGAUCGCAAAAGCCGGUAGAGUACCCAUGGCAGUUCGUCACUUUGGACUAUAUCGGACCACUGCCUGUCUCGGGGAAAAAGCGUAGCACGUGCCUACUGGUGGCCACGGACGUCUUCAGCAAAUUUGUACUCGUGCAGCCUUUUAGAGAGGCGAAAGCUGAUUCACUCGUAGACUUCGUAGAAAACAUGAUUUUCCGACUUUUCGGAGUUCCAGAAAUCGUUCUUACAGAUAAUGGAACUCAAUUUUUGUCCAAAAUUUUCCGCGAACUGCUAGUUAAAUAUAACGUAAACCACUGGUUGACACCUGCCUACCACCCACAGGUCAAUAACACCGAAAGGGUGAAUCGCGUGGUAACCACAGCCAUUCGAGCCACCCUUAAAAAAGAACAUAAGCAUUGGACGAACAACUUACAAGAGAUUGCCAACGCAAUUAGAAACGCAGUUCACGAUUCCACCAAAUAUAGUCCCUAUUUCAUCGUUUUUGGGCGGAACCAGGUCUCGGAUGGAAAGGAAUACGCCAUCAUUCGAGAUAACCACCAACAGGAAGAAAACUGUCAGGAAAAAUUGUCAGAAGAACGGAAGCAAUUGUUCGAAGAGAUUGUCCACGGUAUGUUGUUGGGGAAAAGAUCCUGA